AUGUCUCGCCAGUCCACCGUGAGGAUUCAGAGGGGAAGAAGUGGCUUCAGCGCUGCUUCGGCCAUCGUCCCCAACACCUGCCGCACCAGCUUCAGUUCACGUUCCGUCACCCGGGUCGGAAGCUGCAACGCUGGCAGCGGGUUUGCUAGGGUUGGUGGUGGCUUUGGAAGCAAAAGCCUCUACAAUGUUGGUGGAUGCAAGAGGAUCUCUGUGGCUGGAAGGGGUGGUAGCUUCUAUGGAUCCGCAGGUUUUGGUGGUGGCGCUGGUAGCGUGUACGGUGGUGGCUUUGGCAUGCCAGCUAACCUGGGCUAUGGAUACGGUGCAUUUGGUGGUGGCAUGGGUGGCCCUGGAUUCCCAGCUGGGGGCAUCCACGAAGUCUCCGUCAACCAGAGCCUUCUGAAACCUCUCAACUUGGAGAUCGACCCCAGCAUCCAAAGGAUCCGAAAGGAGGAGAAGGAACAAAUCAAAACCCUCAACAACAAAUUUGCCUCCUUCAUUGACAAGGUCCGAUUCCUUGAGCAACAAAAUAAAGUGCUGGAAACCAAGUGGAGCCUGCUUCAGGAGCAGGGGAUGAAAACAGUUAGGAACAACUUGGAGCCGCUUUUUGAGACUUACAUCAACAACCUCAGGAUGCAGCUGAACAGUUUGCUGAGUGACAAGGGAAGGCUGGAGGGAGAGCUCGUCAACACGCAGUACCUGGUUGAGGAUUUCAAGAAGAAGUAUGAAGAUGAAAUCAACAGGCGCACAGUGGCAGAGAAUGAAUUUGUGACACUCAAGAAGGAUGUAGAUGCUGCCUAUAUGAACAAGGUGGAACUACAAGCCAAGGUAGAUGCGCUGACCGAAGAGAUUAAUUUCCUGAGAGCCCUCUACGAAGCAGAGCUGUCUCAGAUGCAGACCCAGAUCUCCGACACCUCUGUCGUUCUCACCAUGGACAACAACCGAAACCUGGACCUGGACAGCAUCAUCUCAGAGGUCAAAGCGCAGUACGAGGACAUCGCCAACAGAAGCCGGGCUGAAGCAGAGUCCUGGUACCAAACCAAGUAUGAAGAGCUGCAGGCUACGGCCGGCAGGCACGGGGACGACCUCCGCAACACCAAGCAGGAGAUCUCUGAGCUCAACCGCCACGUCCAGCGGCUGCGGUCUGAAAUCGACAGCGUGAAGAAACAGUGCGCAAAUCUGAAAGCGGCCAUCGCGGACGCCGAGGAGCGCGGGGAGCUGGCCCUCAAAGAUGCCAAAGCCAAACUGGCCGAGCUGGAAGAUGCUCUGCAACAGGCCAAGGCAGACCUGGCGCGGCAGCUCCGCGAGUACCAGGAGCUCAUGAACGUCAAGCUGGCCCUGGACAUCGAGAUCGCGACCUACAGGAAGCUGCUGGAGGGCGAGGAGUGCAGGCUGGCUGGAGAUGGCGUCCCAGUGAAUAUCUCCGUGACCAGAACAACUGUGGGAACGGGAUACGGAGGAGGAAGCAACCUCAGCAUGGGAGGGGGAAUCUGCAACAUGGGCAACAGCUUCAGCUGUGGAAGCGGUCCCGGGGUUAGCAGCACCACCCUCGGAGGCGGCAGCAGCUCCAGCGUGAAGUUCGUCUCGACCACCUCCACCAGAAGAAGUUACAGAAGCUAAAAGUUUCCUUUCAGACGCCUUCGCUCGCCAGAAAACACCUUAACCCUGAUCCUUUACUAAAGCAUAGUUGGGGUCAAAGAAUGAGGGCCACCUCAACCCUAUGUCUUAUUGCACAGGAGCCUCACUUUAGGAACUCUCUCUCAGCUGUGUUGUCUAGCACGCAUCGUGUAGGGCUCUGCUAUUGA